UGGUCCCGAAUGUUGAAAGAACAUUCAUGCUUCUGCUUUCUCUGUCAGUUGGGUAUUUGACUUAGAUUGGGACGCAAUGGAGCUGUCUGAAAGGUGCAGCAUUCCAAUGAAUGAUUAUGAGGAUGCCACAGACUUACAGACCCCAGGUGCAGGGACACCUGGAACAGAAAACAUCUACCAGUCUCUUCGGUCUCCAAACAUACCGUCAAUACAGAGACCGGCAAAGCCACAUAACAGGAUGCAAUGGAAAACGCCUGUGUUCCCUCUACUCCUCUUCAAUGCACUUUUACUGAUUAUCAUUCUGGUAAUUGUUGGAGUUCACUAUUCCCAUUUCGCCGGGGCAUUGUCAUCUAAAAAUGGAGAUUUCAGACAGAAUGAAGAAGUGUGGCAUCUCCAUCACAAUGGGUUCUAUCUAUUCUGGCAGAGUGUGGGGGAUUGCUUAGCUGCUGAUAGCUUCUGUCAGCAGAACAACGCAACUCUGACCACAUUGCAGCCACACAACACGGUUUGGUUGUUGGCCAGGGCCAGAGGACAGCAGCUUUGGGUCCUUGAGCUGAGGGAUACGACAGAGGGUUCUGCAGAUGGUGCCACAGAGGAUGAUUCUGAAAAUGAUGCUGAUUGUGCCCUUUUGACUGGUGAUCCCACCCAGCCCUCAAUGAGCCCAGCCCACAUGGAGAGCCAGGGGUGGGUGUGUGAGAGGAAGGCCUCUCUACCACACGUCUCUGGAAAUCAUUAAGAUCGAAUGUAUUCCAUUCAGGAAGGAAAGCAGUUUUUCCUUGAUUUUUUUCACUUUUUGUCACAAUAUGAAUAGUUUUUUUAAUUCAUCGAACAAUGUCCUUGUUUUAAUGACCAAAAUGUCUUGGUAGUUAAUAUGCUUUGAUUCUAUCCUGCAUUGCAGGGCAACCGCUUGUGUCAGUGAACACAAGAGGGUGCUAUGUAAUUGUAGAGAUUCAAUAAGGUCUGCAAAGAACAUUUUGUUCACAGGAGAAAAUUAAUGAAACAUACACACGUUUUCUUUACAUGCAGAAUAAGUCACUGACCUGUAGAUAAAGCCAUACGUUUGCUAGUUUGCUAAUGAUGACUGAAGCACUACACAAUGUAGCUGAAACAUCUGUUUUAAAAAAAGUAUAGUAAUUUAGCUAGGGCAAGUCAGUUAAGAACAAAUUCUAAUUUACAAUGACGUCAGCCUACCCCAGCCAAUCCUGGAUGACGUUAGGCUAAUUGUGCGCAGCCCCAUGGGACUCCCAAUCACGGCUGGAUAUGAUGCAGCCUGGUUAGAAACCACGGACUACAGUGACACCUCUCGCACUGCCUGUGCCUUAGACCGCUGCGCCACUCGGGAGCCCAACACUUCAGAUAUAUUCUCAUCUAAAAAUGUACUUUUAUUUUAGUCCAAACCACAGUAGACUGUAUGAAGAAAUAACUGUAAAUGUUGAGACAUUUACUCAAAUUAGUUUAGCGAAACACACUUUCCAUAAAAAUGUAUCUUCGUGAAAUGUCUUCAGAUAGACCUGAGCUGAAACAUUAAACAGUCUCAAUUAUG